UUUAGCAGAUCAUAGUAAUACCGUAUUAUGGUCCACAUAAGAGUCCCAAAAUGACUCAUGUAGGUGAAUCAUUUUCAAAGAAGGAGCAGGAGAAGUCCAACAAAUUUUAAUUUUCAACAUCCACAAAUGACUGUGUGGCACUUAAUUUUCCAAUUUGCUCACAUUACAUGAACUAAAAUCCUCAACAAAGGGGAAAAAACAACACCUGGAUAAACAAAAUGUACACUGCAUUCCAUUUUGCAUUCUGCUCUGCAACAAUACAAGAUUACGUACUGUGACUGGCUAUAAAAUAUCUUGUAUCUUGUGAUUUUAUCUAACCUUAUCUCGUCGCAUCUUUAAAAAUUGUUAUGGAUAUUGUAGUAAUUCUUAACUGUAGUAACGGAAGUAUUUGCAGUAAUUUGACUAAAGCUAGACUAAAAGAUAAAACUAGGUGUGACAUUUUGUUAUUUCAAUUUCAUUUUUUUUUUUUUUUUACAAGUGAAAUUUGUCUACAAAUGAGGACACAUUUAUUGAGGCUGGGAUGUCUACAAGAGUCCUUUCCAUCUUAACAAAUAUCAAACUUAUUAUAAUAAAUGAUUAAUACAAAUGGCAACUUAAAGUAAACAAAACUCUUUGGAACAAUGAAAAAUAACUUAAACGAAUGAAUUCUAAAUUAGCCCACUUAAAAAUACAUAGAUAUAUAUUUUCUAUAACUUCAAUUUUAACCAGCGAAUAAAUUUUUUUACCCAAUGUUACCAUAGUAACAACGCCUAAGGUCCGCUUAUCAAAUCCGUCCGACUUCUGGUCCGUUUCUGAAAGUUGUCCGUAAUGAAACACGGACGUGUUCCUCAGCUGUCAUGUACCCACGGAAGCGUGUGGGUAAUUAGCUUAUUGCAAACGUGGGACGAAAAAGAAGUCUGGACAUUCAGAUGAGUUUUACUCGUGUUUAUAACAGCUGGCGACACCGUUUAAACUGAAGACAAGGAGGCGACGACAUUCUUGCCAACGACUUUCUUGGUCUUGCAGCGCGGUUGAAACUUCGCCUCAGCUCGUCAGAACAGGCUGUUCCUGCUCGGUUUAACCAUGGUGGACGCUUUUAUAAAACUGACUAGUCAAAGUCAGGGAAGGGACCGAGUGUUCAGGGCGACCCAGUAUGCAUGUGCUUUGUCCGUGUAUUUACUCCGAAACAACACCGAGAGAAAGGACCUUGUGGCAAAACUUAAAAGUCUGGAAAACAACAUGAGCGCCGGACGAAAAUUGUUCAGGCUGGGAAAUGCAGCAAAUUCCAUUGAGGCUGCUAAGCGAACCAUGCAACUCUCUGACCGAGUGCUGUGCCUGUGUCUUACCGCGGCCAACAUCAACCGCACCCUCUACUUUAUCUGUGACAAUGUCCUCUGGGCCAGAGGUGUCGGUCUUAUCCGCAAUAUUGACAAGGAACGCUGGAGCUUAAACUCCUCUCGCUGGUACUUCUUGUCGCUGCUUAUGAAUCUCACCAGAGACGUUUAUGUGCUCACCCAGCUGAUGGCGCGGAGAGCAAAAGAGAGACGCUUUAAACAGAGAAUGGAUCAGCAUCUCUCAGAGAAUCCUGAAGUAGCUGAAGUUGUCAUUCCUCAGCUGGAUGCUUUCCUGUUUCUGCUCUGGGAAACCCUGAAAUCAAAUCCGGCCGUCGGUCUGGACACUCUGAAAAACGUGUGUGAUCUUUUCAUCCCCUUAGACAAGUUGGGCAUAUACCACUCGAGUGCAGGUGUGGUCGGAUUCUGUGGUCUGGUAUCCUCACUGAUUGGGAUUGUAACCCUCACACAUCCCACACUAAGAAUCAAACCGUGAUAACAAGGGUGGAGAUAAUCCUAACUGUGACUAACCGAUAAGUACGUCUUGUAGCUGCGGCUGUAACCAUGGACCAAGGUUAACCUGGGGCAAAAGGAGACGUUAUGUUAUUCUGAGGUUUAAAUACAGGUGUUUUCUUACAUUUUACACCAAACUCAGUAAUAUGCGAUAAAUACAUUUCCAGAAUGACUGGAUUUGAUAGUUUUGUAGGAGAUCUUUUAGGAUUAGAACAGAGAAAGUAGAGUUUAUAAUUUUUUUUUUUUGUAUAUUUUUUAGACAACUCAAAGCCAGAUAUUUUAGUAUUCCUGUCCUGUGCCACACACAUUCAGCAAAUUCUGUAAUUACUGUUCUUGUAAAAUAAGAGCUCUGCACUGAUGCAAGCUUUUGCAUCCGCUUUUGAAAAAGUCAAGUUAUUCUGGGUGGUGGCUGUCUCUUUAGAGGCUGUUAUUUAUGUCACGAUAAAAAAUGCUGCUGAAAGCUUGGCCGACAUAAGUGUUGAAUAACCUGCUUGUCAGUUAAAUGUGCUCUCAGAGUUUUGGAGGUUUCAGGGAUUAUGUGACCAUGUUUAUUAUAUUUUUUUCUAAAAUGUGUCCCUUUAAGGCAUGGACGCUGUAGAACCGUAGAGAAUAAAUAAAACUAUGCAAAUCAUGUUCAUAUUUAAAGGGGCACAGGCACCUUAAAUAAUAUGUUAGAAUACACUGUAACUGAGCGCUCAUGUUUUUGUCUUGUGAACGAGACUAAAGUUUACCAGAGAUCCUCAAAGAUGUGCACAUAUGUGACAUUGAUAUGGAUAUUUAUACUGAUCAAAGUUUAAUAAACAUUAUAUUCUAAACAUAACAGUGGAUUUAAAUUGUGCUUUUUAAAAUCUACAUCUUCUGUGGUUUGAUUAUGUUAAUGAUCAUUAAAGUGUGAGCUGUGGAUCAGUUCAGAAACAGAGCAACACUGCCCUCUUUGGGAGACAGGACACCUCGUUGAGUUGAAAAGAGCUUUAUUUUUCAAUUUCACUGAGACAACAAUACACUUUUUUUUGUUUGUUUUUUUUAUUCUCGAAAACUUUUCUAGAGAGGAUGAUGUGAUAAAGCGACCACCAUCAAAGAUUGCAAAAAUAUAUUCCAUUUCCCUUUCACCAUACUUUGAGUUUUGCUGUGACAAGAAUGAACAAAAGAUGAAUCCAAUAAAAGAACAAACACGUAAAGCAAUAAAUAAAGAAAUUUGUUCUCCUAAGUAGAUCGAAUGUAGUGAUUUAUAGCAGACAAGAGGUUUGACUUCACAUUGAGAUUGAGACGUUUUUUUUUUUGUUUUUCUUCUUUUCCAGUACCAACCAUCUGAAACUUGAAACUUCAAACACAAAUCUAAGCAAAUAUUAAGUGGCUUUGAAUUAGUUUUGGCUGUUACGUCUGGAGGGCAACAUUUCCAUAGCUGGAAACUAAAAUAAAAUACACGGCUUUGCCAAAAGAGCUGAUGCAUUCUUCAAGGCAUCUGAGAUAAUUAAAAAAUAUUGAACAAAGCACGUUGAAAAGUGGCAACAGUGUUAAACUACAGACGUGGAAAUACUGCUGGCCCAAGUUUAAUUUUUCCAAAACACCACUGAUAGUUAAUACGUGCAGAAUUACUCUGUUUUCUGAAUGAAAAAGGCACAUUCAGGAGUUGGCUCCUGCAACAGUUUCACAAACAAAACGAAACAACACGUGACGGAUGGAACUUGAAAACCCUUUUUCGUCGUGGGCACCGCUCCCCAAACACAAGUUUACACAAGGACCACAAUUAAUCUUCAUCAUACAGCAACAUUUUACCCAGGGAGUGUCAUCCACGAUACACUUCACUUGAUCAAAUCACACAAUAAAUCAUCAUUACGUUAGUGGGAAUUGGGAAGCCCUUAACUUGAAGUACUUCUUCUUUCAGCAUCUCAUCGUCUAAACGUGUUCAUCCUGCCCUCAUUAAUAAUAAGGAAAUGUUUCUGUACCUUUCUGCUUUGAAUUAAAACAAAUUAUGCAAAAUGCAAAAGGAUUUAAUUUGUAUAUCCGAGCAGGCCGUACACGUUUAAACCACGCAGGGUUUCUACCCAGUACCAGAGCUAAUAACUAGGGUGCUGUCAGUCAUUCUCGUCGUGUGUGUGUUUACAGAACGUUUUCACCAGACAAUUGAAUCCAAAGAGGUCUGGUCCUGAGAAGAUAACCAACCAGGAAGAAUAAUAAAGUCUGCAGAUGUACCAGAGCUUUGAGAGUACAGCCUUUUUUAGCUUUGGUUAAAUUCAAUGCUUAAAGCUGGCAAAUGCUUCCCGGGCUCACAAUUAUCAUUUUUUCCAGUUCUCCGUGGUGAUAAAUAUUCCUUACUUGGAAACUCUCAUAUGUGCCACGACGGAGCAACUGUCUCAAAUCCUUCAAACUUAUCAUUAGAAAUGAGUAUUGGAUGGAAAAAAAUUAAAUAAAAAAUGCGUUAAUUAGUUUGGAAGAGAGGUGCUACAUAUGUGACCAUAAACUCACUUUUGUGUUUGCACAGAGAAAUCAAGAUUAGCCAAGUGUCCACGUUUUGUACAGAUUUCUGCAGAGUGUCUUUCUCUAGAUAGUGGCACCAGACUGGAUUGCACAGCAUAUUAAAUUUAUGUACACUUAUUGAUUAUCUGACAGAUACCGAGACAAGCUGAAACUGAAACAGAUUUGAGAUGUACAUGGAAAAAACAACAACAACAAACAAAAAAAAAAACACGAACAAGAACAACACACACUAGACAACAUAACUACCCAGUAACUGAACUAAACGACAGAGAGAAUCAGAGAACACUUUGAACUGUGCAGGUUAAGCCAAGGAGAUUUCAGGUGCUAGAAACGUGGAAAUGUCUGACGAAUGGGGGCGUGUAAAGGCAAAUAUUAGCUUAAUUCUCCUAUGUUAAGCUAUCAUUAAGACAACAGUUGUGAGUACAGCUACAUUGGUGGAAAUGUCCAAAGAACAGUGAAAUCUGAUCCCUAAUUUCUACUUUAGGCCACAGCUAAAUUAAGGUGAAAUAAUAAUAAUGAUAAAAAAAAAAGUUCAGGUAAUCAGAUGCACCUGACUCAGUACAAGCAAUUCAAGAAAGUGUGGAAUGAGCCUCGCUAGCAGCCUCUAGAGUUCAUCCUUCUCCUUACAGCCAACUGAACCAAAGUGGUCUUCACUCAAAGAGCAAACGCAUAGUGCCAUCCUGCUCGAGAACGACCCAGUCCGGCAAAGGCAUCUCUGUUCACAUUCAGCAGAUUGACAUUUAAAUGUAAAACUCACUGAUGCGAAUUAUUGUUGUUCCACCAAAAAACCUACAUUUAACAUCAUCGAGACCGAGAACAGAAACAAAAACAUAGGAAAUAGAAAUGUGUUGAUUACCAAGAUAAAUACCCUGUACACGUUUAAAACUGCA